AUGCUGCAGUCAAACUCUCUGUCCAGUGUAGCUUCGAACUAUGAAUUGCCAGAGGAGGGCAACGAAAACUGUUUAAAGAGGCUGGGAAAAGACGUCGAGAUGAAAACAUUUACAACGAACGAAGAAUUUUUAGAACGCGAAAUCGAUAGCGAUCGACUAGGAAACAAAAUCGUGAAAAUCCUAUGUAUCGGCGGAGUGGGAAAUAUGGGUGUUCUUAUCAAUGAUUACCUCCAAGUAACGCCUCCAGUUCGAGGACUUCGCCCUUCUGCUCUCUUCGUGGAUCAGUAUUUGAAGAGAAUGAAAUGGCUCAGAAAUGAAGUAGAGAAACCGAUCUUUAUCAACCUGCGAAUCUUGGAGAUAGGUGAACUAGGACGUGUAUCAAGCCUACGGAGGAUUCUCUUUAAGGACUGCCAUGGAGCGCUGGUUUUCUGGGAAACACUAAGGCCUUCUUCGCUAAAUGAAGCUGUAAAAUUGAGGAAGAUGGUAAUGGAGGUUUGUCCGUCUGUUCCAUGUGUAUUUGUUACUGAUAACUUAGGAAAAGAGCUAUCACAAUGGAUUGGGGCUGGCAAGACAUUUGAAAGUGAACUGGCAUUGAAUCAGUUUUGCCACAAUCACGGCCUUGUGAGUCAUUUCGAGAUCGUUUCACGCGAUUGGGUGUCCGGUGAAAAGAGCGUUUUUGGACAAGCUGUGAACUGCCUUAUGAAGGAAAUCUUUCAGAGCGAGCAAACAGAGGAAGAGACCUCGAUGUAAUGCAACUGACCGUUUUAG